GAAAAAAGAGGAAACGUGGGUACCCCUAUGGAAUUUUUAUGUUAAGCUUCAACAAUGGGUUGAGUUAUAUGCAGCAUGCCUAUCCAGAGAGAGGUUAUCGUAGCCAUUGGUGUUGGUGCUGCCACCUGUGGUUGUUACUUCAUAUAUAAACAAAUAACCAGACAUUAUUCAUUGGUUGAACCAGGAGGUACUGAAAAUGAUGCAUCUGGAUCAGCAGAUUUCUUUGAAAGUGCAGAGAUAAAAGAACAGGAAGGUAACACAUCAGAGCAGAGGACAUUUCAUAGAUCUGAAGGUCAUUUGAGUGAUCACCAUCCUGUUAACAGUGGAUCAGAUACUGAACAAGGAACCAGUUAUGGUACAUCAGGAGAAGAUAACUGUAUAAACUGUAAUGCUUCUCAGAGUAAUAAACCUGAAGACGAUGGAUACCUAAUCUCACGGCAGACUGUCCUCAAGAAAGCAAAUGAUUUAGGGGACAAUCAUGUCAAUUCACACCAUGAAUCAUUACAGGAUAACCAUUUGACAAACACAUCAAAUUUAAGGCAGCUUUUAGACAAUAGUAAAUUGGAUUCUUGUUCAGCUAAUCCAACUCCUCAGAAAUAUGCAUCUUUAAACUUUGAAAAAUCCAUGAUGCCAUGUAAUGAUAAAGAUCUGGAGAAGGAGAAAGAAUUUGAUGGACAGAAGCCAGAUGUGACUGACAUUCAAAGUGUGCAGAUGGAAGGAAAUGCCAACCAGAAUCAGAAAUGGCCAGCAUUGCAAUUAAAUCAACCAGAUUUAACUGUAGACAGUGAAACACAUGGCCCACCCGAGAGAAGUUUUCCUGAGACAAUGCUUGAUGACUCUCCAACGACCACAUCAACACCUGUUGAAAAAUCCAUGAUGCCAUGUAAUGAUAAAGAUCUGGAGAAGGAGAAAGAAUUUGAUGGACAGAAGCCAGAUGUGACUGACAUUCAAAGUGUGCAGAUGGAAGGAAAUGCCAACCAGAAUCAGAAAUGGCCAGCAUUGCAAUUAAAUCAACCAGAUUUAACUGUAGACAGUGAAACACAUGGCCCACCCGAGAGAAGUUUUCCUGAGACAAUGCUUGAUGACUCUCCAACGACCACAUCAACACCUGUUGAAAAAUCCAUGAUGCCAUGUAAUGAUAAAGAUCUUGAGAAGGAGAAAGAAUUUGAUGGACAGAAGCCAGAUGUGACUGACAUUCAAAGUGUGCAGAUGGAAGGAAAUGCCAACCAGAAUCAGAAAUGGCCAGCGUUGCAAUUAAAUCAACCAGAUUUAACUGUAGACAGUGAAACACAUGGCCCACCCGAGAGAAGUUUCCCUGAGACAAUGCUUGAUGACUCUCCAAUGACGACAUCAACACCUGCUAAUGGAAGACGAUUUACAUAUCAGGGAUCUAAAGAUUCAACUUCAUCUUUAAGUUCUCAGCAUUCACUAGAAAUGGAUAUUGAGCCACAUGGACCAUCAGGCAGAAUGUCAGUGAGUGAAUAUAGACAUGUCUUAAAUGAGACAAUACCAGAUUCUACUAUUGAGGAGCCAUUUUUACCAGCAAAUUCCUUUAGGUAUUCGGAAUUUCCAGGAUUAAGUUUACGAGAAGAGGAGACUUUAUUGUCUACCAGUAGUUAUACUUCUCAGGCAUCCAAUCAGAUUCCAUUUGACCAUAAUAUUCCACAAUCUACUCAGACACAAAAUACUCAUUCUGUAAGUCCAGCUCAUCAUAUAAUCCAGUCACAAGUAGUUCAAGAGGAAAAUGUAGCAUCACAUAUAAGUCAGCCAGAAAAACCACAGAGUUCAGAACUACUUCAACCUUGUAUCUCAGCAAUGAAUAUAUCAGAACCAAGUCCUCAGUUGCCUACAAUAUCACCAGAAACAUCCCUGCCUCCAGCUGGUUCUACUACAAGGGAUCUCAGUAUUAAAAAUACCAAUCAAAACAUUACCGUUAGUUCUGUACAAAAUCCUAUUGUAAGGACUAAUGACAAUAACCUUGACACAGGACAAGGUCAAUCAGAUAAUGACCCAACUGUUACAGAAAGUGUUGUGGAUAACGAAAGCAAUGAAAGUACAUCAGAGUACGGCACAAUGACAAGUAAUAGUGACAAUCUUUCACCUAACCUAGAUGACCAGAGUUAUACUGAUAAUGUUACUCCUGAGGUUCAGGAGGUUAAUUAUCGUAGAUCUGACACUAAUCCUGAAUGUAAGACAUCUUUACCUAUGGCAGAUGCUGAACCAGGUACUGGUACUGACAAAUCUGUUCCAGAACAGGUGGAAACUGCAUCAGGUCAAAAUGAUGAAAAAGAUAUCACAGAUGUCACAGAUGCUGUAAUUCUUCAUGCUGAAGAUGACAGAGAACUAGUAUUAGAACUCAUUCAAAAUAUGGAGACAGAAUUUCCAGAAUUAAAACUAAAUUUAAAAAUAUUUGAAGAGUUAAAUGCAGGAAAAAGUAUGUUAGCAUCAGCACCACUUCUGUUUGGAACCUGUAGAUUCUUAUUCGUGUUUGUGACAAAAAAAUUUGCCCAGGAUGAGCUGCCAAGAUUCGUGAAUGAGAUUCUAUUGAUGGAAACUAUAACAUUUAAGGACAAAAGCAGCAGAUUAAUACCAGUAUUGAAGGAUGACUGUUAUCUUCCAGAGUUAUCUCCCCUGAUUCCUUUGAAGUACAAUAGAUAUUUGGAGGGCAAAUCUCAAAACAAAAAAGAUCGUGGGUUUUUAAAUAGUUUUGAGAAAUUGGUAAAAAUUGGUAGGACAAAUUACUUAAAAAGCUAGCAAAUCUUUUAUGUUAAAGUAGAAACUACAAUUCCCUUAUAGGGUGUUAAACAACCUAUAGAAAUAAUAGGAUUAAAGAUUUACCAACUUUAAGGUAUAUCUAAAGCUUGAACAUUUAAAAACAGCAAGUUUCAAAAGGAUAUUUUACACUGUCUUCAGACCUGCCAACUAUCCCAAUUUUGGCAGAAUCAUCCCGAUUUUCAUGCCUCAACCUGAAUCCCGAUAGUCAAAAUCCUGAUUUUCACAAAGUCUACGCGAAAAAAUAGAAGCGGUCAGUCAGCAUUUCAAUUAUAAUCAAUUUAUCAUACUAUCAUAAUUUGCAAGGUUUACUGUAGUUUCAUGAUAAAAUCAUAAUUAUCUUAAAGACGUUUAUCUUGAAAUCCGUUUAAAAUUUUUGAAAUCAGACAUGUUUCUGUCCAGUUCUGAUUUUAAAAAUCGGUGCCGUAUUGUUUUCACUUCUACUGUGUGUAAGCCUAUGGAUGUAGGAGAACCUCUGAAUACAAAGAAAGAUAACUCAAAUUUUAUCCAUUUUCUCAUUUCUGAUAGACUAUUAACUCAAGAUCUGUCUUCAUCCUUCUAACUUUAGGACAUUUAGGUUUAGGUCUUUUGAGUCAUGUUGCAAAGAUGAGAAGGUCUUUGGAAGGGGAAAUGGGGGUCUUCAUUUUGUAUCCUUAUUUUUGAGGCAAGAAAUAAAGGCUAAUAAGCUUAUCCUCAGUAUACCAUAUUUCAAGAGUAAAAAACAGUGCACACAGAAACACCGCUAAAAUUGUAACCCUUAAAAAUCUGGUCGCGCACUAAAACCACCAUGGGGAUUUUCAAAAGUAGGUAGGUCUGCAUCUUCAAGAACUAUCUCUGAAUUAGGGGUUUUUCAAUGCCAGUUUAGCAAUUAACUCAUAUAUCUGAAGUUGACGAUUUAUUUCCAUAAAUAUUCUUGUAUUUAGGCCAGAGUUUUUUAAUUUGUUGGUUUACAGAUUUUUUACAUGAAAAAGUCAUGUUGGUCAGUUGGGAAAAAAAAAAAAAAAUAUCUUGCAAUACAUAUGAUAUAUGUAAAACAUAAAUAUAUAUUUCAGCUUACUAACAAUAUUUUUGGUAUGCUAUUUUGUCAUCAUUUUAAAUUUUAGUUCCAAAUAUUAUUGCUCAGCUGUUUUAAACAUUCAAUGCAUGCCAUUGUCAUAUAAUUUCAAAAAAGGGGGAUAUGUCCACAGACAAAUAUGAAAUUAAAUCGUCAUUUCACAAACAAGAAAAAACAGCUCCACUUUGCUUUUUAUUUACUUUCAGGAAAGGUGAAUAAUGAUCUUCAAGCACGAAAACAUGUCAAAUAAAAAUUGCAAACACGUCGUAUGAAAAUAAGACUUUACCAUCCGUAUCAAAAACGAAGUAGACUCGUCUACUGGAAAGACAAGGAUAUUGGUUUCAUCAUUUGUCAUGCAUUCCCUUUUUUGAUAUCCAAAUGGACGAACUUUUUUCUUCAAUCUAUGAAACCAGAAAAUUCUAAAUUGUUUGUGAAUAUCUCUUACUCUUAACUUGACAUCUUUCACGUUUGGACGGGCCCAUUUCAUCUAUGAGAUUGAUAAAUCUUACGAAAAUUAUGACAAGAAAGGAAAACAAACUUAUUGUAAUGGGUUUUUAACACAGGUUUCAUUCUGCAAAAUUAUUUGCGCAAUUACCAUUUCAAGGUCAGUUAUGAUUGUCUAUUUUUAGAUACGUAAACCUUCUGAUUAUUUUUAGAUUUUUAUUUUUUUACAACACAAUGCGUAAUUAUUUCUGUUUAUGUUUAAUGCAUUUAAUUUCAUAAAAAAUAAAUUUUUUAUUUAUGUCUCAGGGAUAAUGUAUUUGUUAGGGUAGGCGGGAAUAAAAAAGCAUGAAAUGUCAAUUUUAUUUUUAUUCUGCAAAUUGGAAAAAUAGGGUCGGCUGAUCUGUAAACCAACAAAUUAAAAAACCCUGGUCUAAGCAUUCUUUUACAUCUUGAUAAUGCAAAAGAGUUUAUUUGUUAAAAAAUUCAAAUUUUGUUUUCAAUUUGGAUUAUGUUGGAGGUUUUACAAGUAUAAAUUUAAAUGUUAAAAUGAUUUUUUUAUGAAUUUAAGAUUUCAACAAUUUUUUUUUUUAAUUUGAGUAAACAGUAUAUUUAACAUAUUAAGAUAUUGUUUGAAUGUAAACCUGAAUUAGAAGUAAAGAUCUUUGAAAGUUAUUUAUGUUUAAUUGAUGUGGUUGUACUUGAAUUUUAUAACAUGUAUAAGACUGUUUUAAAUUGUUAAAAGAAAUUACCACUGCAAAUAUUUGCCCUCUUCAAAAUUGAAGGAAAGACAACAUACAAAAUAGGCCUUUUAGAUAAACAUGUUAGAUAAAGUUCAUGGUUUUUGUUGGAGGGGGUGUAUGGAUUUCUUGAAGAUGGGUGUGAUUUUUGUUACUUUGUUAGGGGACAGGGGAAAAAUGUUUUAUUAUCGAUUGUUUUAUGUUUUAGUUGAGUGACCUUUGGUUGUUAAAUCUAUGACAUAAAUCGUUAUUUUUUGUGUUUUAUUCUGUUAUCUACUUUGUAACAAUUAUUUAUCAAGAUACAAUAUAGCUUGCUUAUAUUUGUUAGCUAGAGUUAUCAUUCUUACUGUUCAAUUUACAUUAUUGAAUUUAAAAGUUGAAUAUAAACUGAAUGUAUUUAUAUUUGUAAAUAAUGUUCAAGAGGGCAUAAUUUAACUAUCGUACCAUAGACAAUCAAGUAUGCGGGUUUGAAUACUUUAUUUAAGAAAUAAUUCAUUAGGGCUGAAUUUAGUUAUUUUACCACAGGUUGGCACUUUAUGCAAAAUAUUUUACCAUGGGCAUGGUCAAAGACGGCAAUUCUUUUGGUUGGAAACACUCUAGGUGAAGGCAAAUAUUUGUUGUUCCCGUUAUUAAAUACACUAUUAAUAUUGACGUACAAGACAAAUAAAAAUGAAUUAGUGACAUGAAUAAACCAUUAACAAUAAUACACUUAGACAGGUUUGAGUGAAGUUAAAUUUAAAUGAUUAUCUGACUUUUUUUUUAAGAAAAUGGGCUUUCAACAACUUCUUAUCCGUGUUUGUUUAUGUUUCCAUGUUUUGACAACUUUCAGUUUCACAUUCAUGCAUUUUCCCAUAGAAUGUUUAUAUUCUUACAUCAUUGUUCAAUGAUGUCAUGACCGAUUGACCUUGAUUAACUCAUUUAUAAAAUGCAUACAAAAACAAAUUAUGAUGUUGCAGAAUAGCUGCUAUACAAUAUAUUUAUAUUUAACCAUGACUGAUGUAUGUUUUUUAAUGGAAUGACCUGUUAAGAAAUGAUAAGUGACAUGGCUCAUAUCAUUUAGAAGAAUAUUGAAGUCAUGAGCCUUUAUAGAAAUUCUAUUUUCAGCUUCUGUUUAUAGUGCAAAUCGAAGUAAUUUUUUGAGUCCAUAAAAUUUAUUCAGGAAACCUUUAUUAAAGUUAAUAAAACAACACAUGAAAUAUGACAAAUUAAUGCUUUGUGAUGGUCAAGAAUUUUUAGAGAAUAAUAAUAUAUACAAUGUAGGUUAAGGAUAUCCAUAUUUUUUCUGUUUUGUUUUGUUUUAUUCUAAAUUGUUUUGUUAUUCUUUAUAUAACAUGUAUAACUUUUUAUGCCCCCGCUGUAGUAGAGGGGGCAUUAAUUUUUACCCUUGUCCGUCCGUCCGUACUUACGUCACAAAACUGGUUUCUGUUCUCUUACUUUAGUUUGCCUCAAUCAAAUGUUAUGAAACUUAUACACAAUGCUUAUUACCACAAAACACAGAUCAAGUUUGAAUUUUGGUGGCGUCACUUUUACCGUUCUACAGUUAUGCUCCUUUACAAAUGGAAAAAUUGCAGAAUUUUUCGUUUCGUUCUCUAACUUAAGUUUGUCUCUUACAAAUGUUAUGAAAUUUAUGUGCAAUACUUAUUACCACAAAACAAAGAUCAAGUUUGAAUUUUGGUGGCCUCACUUUUACUGUUUUAGAGUUAUGUCCCUUUACAAAUUGAAAAAUUGCUGAAUUUUUGGUUUUUGCUAUCUGGGGGGGGAGGACAUGGUAUUUUUGUUGGUUUUCAGAAUUAAGUUAUAUGAAUGGGCAUCAUUAUUAACAAAACAAAAUGGCAUUUUAACAUUUUAUGCUGGUAAAUAUUAUAAACAAGUGCUCCUCUAUUUGUAUUAUAUUAGUAUUAGUGAAGAUAGAUUUACAAUGUAUUGAACUGUAGGCAAAGCUUGAGACAAUGUUGUUAUGAAUGUAUGUUAAAGUAUGAAGGAUGUAUGUUAAAAAUUGGGUGGCUUCUUUAAAAUAUUGUAUCAUGGUAUUUGCUAAUGAAGGCUAUAAAAAUAAAAGCUAUGUGAAUCAGUUAUCAAGUUUUCAGUGCAUUGAUAUUGUUUAGUAUUACCUUUUAUUUGAGUGUGUUUAGCAAACAGCCAAAAAAACAUAAACAGUACAGUGGAAUCUCCUGUGUCCGCGUGGCUGGUGAUAUUGUGCAUUACCUGAUUUCGUCAUAUCCACAAUGUAACACAAAUAAAAUCGUUCUUGUAAAUGGUUAAGUCUUUCGAAGCGACAAAAAAUAUUAAAAUUGAUAAGUUCAAGCAUAAAUUUAUAAUUGCAAUCCCAUGAUUAACCAUAUUUCACCAUUUUCCAUUAAAAAAAAUAACAUCAUCAGAUAAAAUCAUUUUCAUUUUAAGUCAAAUUUUUAUCAAAAUGAAAUAGAUUUUGGUUCACAUCUUUGGCAGUCUCUUUGGUUCAUACUGAAGUGUAUUUUGUAGGAUAAAAUCUUUUCUGUAUUCAAAAUUAGCUAUUUUUAGAAGGCAUGCAUGAAAUCACCUGAAAUUUGAAGGACUGUUAAAACAGGGGUUUCCCUAAUUUUGGACACAGAUAACAUAAAAUGUGAAGAGUAGAACCAUACAUAAAGAUUUCAUGAAAUUAAAGUAUGCCAUAAUUUUGUUCACACAAUAUUAUCCCAUUAUUGGUUUUAUGAGAUUGCCAAAGUGAAGCCAAAAGUCUUAGGUGCGCAGAUACACCGUACUGCACCAUAUUUAAAAAGUAUCUCAUGUCUUGCAAAAUUCUAUAAAAAUUUCAAAAUUGAUAUGUUUUUAAAAACUACUGGAAAUAAAUAUGAUCAUUUUUUAAAGAGCUUGAUAUGAUGACAGGAGGUACAUAAAAAUAACAGAGUAACAACUAGUAUGACUAGUAAGAAAAAAUGAUAUUACACUUAGCUGACACAGGGUAAACACUUCUUUACAUAGAAACUGUUAAAAUCUUAGCAAAUAAUCAUUCAGAUUAACAUAUAUUGUUUUCAUGGGAUACAAAUUUUCGUGGAUUACAUGGUUAAAGGUGAACCACAUAUAUUAAUGUGCAAUGAAGUACAAAUUUCUAGCUAGCUACAGUUAUUAUAAAGACUAGUCAAGUUUAGGAAUUUGAUAAUACUCAUAUUUAAUCAUUCAAUAAAACCAGUAGAAAAAAUUGCAAGCACCAGCUGACACUAGAUUCACCAUUUAACAGUGUGAUCCUUUUGCUUUAUAUUGAGAUAGGUACCCCUUUUCAGUCAUUUGAUUUCAAGUUACUUAUGGUUGUGAGUUCACUUACUAAUAUAUAUAAAUAUAUGUAGCCUCUUAUAGUUUUUUUGCAAAGAUUGCACAAAAUGCAAUAGAAUCCCUUUAGUCACUUGCUGUUUUUGUGAAUAAACAUAACAUUGCAUUGAGGUAUAUAUUCUUUAUAUACUAACAAUAUCUCAUGUCAUGCAAUAUCAUGAUUAUGGAUAUUUGAUUUCAUGGUUUUUUAAAAGUCUGCAUACAAGCCUAUAAACAAUUUGUACUUCAUUGCACAUUAAAAUAUGUGUUUCACCUUUAACCAUGUAAUCCACAAAAAUUUGUAUCCCACGAAUAACAAUGAAUCCACAGUAUUUGAGACUUACUUUGAUAGCUUUUUGUUUGUUAAUUAUAUUUCAAUCAUGUGUUUAAUAUGAUUGAGAACAAGUUUGAUUAGCUGAGAGUUUCUUUGUUUAUGCUUUGCAAAUCAUGUUUUUAUUUGACAGACAAGUAGGUUACUAGCUAUAUAAGUUGCAGUAUCUAUCAUAUUUAUAAUUCAGAACUUGUACAAACAUUUUUGCCUUCUUCGCUCGACUGAUUAUUGGGAAAAUAUUUCUUUAAAACAAAUCUGAAUACAUUGUACAAUAUUUCAUAUUCAUAUUUAUAGUUUGUUUUCAUUUGUAAGAGCUACUAUUUCAAGAGGGAAUUUUGACAUACCAAGGAAUGUAUAGAUGUGUAUUAGUCUACUUAUAAAGAAAAUAGAAAGGUUUUUCAAUAAGUAAUAAUGAUAAUUUCCAUAUUAUUAGAUGUUAAAUGUCCAAAUUUAUUUAUGUUUAUGCCAUUGAAAUAAAAAAUUUAACAUUACAACUUUGAAUUAUAUUUGUAAAAUCAAUUUAAGGUGGUACAUAACACUACAGGGAGAUAACUCUGUAAAAAUCAGCUGAACGUUUUAAUCACAUUCUAUUGUUAAGGAAAUAUAAAGCUUCUCAAUGAUCAAAAUUAGUGUUUGUCAAAUUGCUAUAUGGCCAAUGAAAUUUUUCCGACAAAGUGUGUAGUUCAAGUUUAUUGAAAUUUUUAUAUGUUUGUCAAAGGGCCAAAGUAAAUAUUUUGUCAAAAUUUUAUGAAAAUAAAACGAGCCAAAUUAAAUUUAGUCAAGGUGUUUGGUACCACCUUAAAAAACUAUGAUGAAGUAAUUUAAAUGCAUUGCAGUUCCAUUGUGUAAUUUUGUUUCUAUCUUGUCCAAGCUGGGCAAGGUUUUUUUUGCUCUCAUGAGAUCAGUAGAAACCUUAUUCAACUCUGUGAUUGCUUUCAUGCUUUGUAAGUAAUUUAAAUACUCAAUGAAUGACUAUGCAAUAAAUUCAUUAUAAAUUUGAAGUACAUGUAUAUUUAUUUAAAUUCUAUAUGGGAAAUUGUCAUGUAGUAUAACUAUUGUAUACUUUAUAAUUUAUCGAAGAUAUAGAUAAUUUUGUAAAUGAGUAAUUUAAAACUUAAGUAAUAUAUUUUUGUAUACUGGAAUGUGCUGCAUAGCAGACAUUUCUGUUGAUUAUGAACUCAUAUUUAUGAUUUGUUCCAAUGAAUUCAUAAUGAAUAUUUUUUGGGCCCAUUUCAACAUCAUUACGAUCAUAUAUGCCAGGCACUCUAUACUGCAUGUGUGUCUUGUGUUUUUUCAUUAGAAAGCCAAUAUAAUUGGCCAAAUUUAUUAAACUAUUUUGUAGUGGUUUCAUUUUGAAAUUCUACCGCUGCCAAUAUCAACCAACAAAAAUGGCUGCUGAUUCUAUAAAUAGAAAACGGUAUUUUAGAAAAUUAUUUUCAAAUUCUUAAAAUGAAGAUCCGCUAUCAUCCCAUAGUUGACACCAUUUCAUUCUUUUGAGGAACCCUGAGUUACUCAUAUUCCUGUUUUUAUUAGUAGGAAUGAAAUUUAACCUGACAAUCAACCAUUACUGGUAUAUUAUCCUAUAGUUGACACCAUUUCAUUCUUUUGAGGAACUCUUGAGUUACUCAUAUUCCUGUAUUUAUUAGUAGGACUGCAAUUUAACUUGACAACCAACGAUUACAGGUAUAUUAUAUUUGUUAAGUUUCAUAAAUUUGAAAUCAGUACCAAAAAACCACCAUACAUCUUGAGGUAGAUGGGGUGUCUAAAUUAUAAUCCAUAGAAUUUUUUAAUAAUUUGCCAAAAUGUAGCUUAUAUCAUGCUUUUUAAAAAAAAAUAAUAAAAAGAAUGGGUCACGGGGCUUAUUUUCACGCUACAGGUUGUGCAAAAUUGACAGAUUUUGUAUAGAUUAUGCAUGGAAAACCCAAUUUUCUGCCAUAAAACGAAAACUACACCAUAGAAUUUUGAGAUAAAAUAUGAGAAGAUAGCUCUAAUAUUAUGCUUUCAGAUAAGAAAAAGAAAAAAUGGGGUCACGGGACCCGUUUUCUUGCUACAUAAUAAAAUGGGUAAAUUAAUAACACAUUCUAUUGUAAAAGUAACUUUAUCUGAAUUAUCUGCCCUUACAUUUGAGUUGCCUCCCCUUAUGUGGCAAAGUUGGAAAAAAUUUAAUCAAACAAAAGUAUUCUGUUAUUUUGUAAAAUACAACCAUAAAUAUGAUAAAACAUGUCAUUUUCUAUAUUGAAAUGAAAAUUCUUACACAUGAAUUACCUACUACUCUCAAAAUUUGCACAUUUUCUUAAAGAUCUAGACCGAUUGUUUUCUGGUAUCUUGAAAUCCAAUAAAAUGGCAAGUGCAUGUUUUAUUGACAUUUGUUUGUUCUGUUAUUGUAUUGUAAUAAUAACUUAUUUUACCUUCUUUUUAUCAUGUAUCCUUCGACUGUCUCUUGUCUUAUUAUUACACAACUCUGACUUUUAUAUAUAUACCAACAUAUGCAGGAUCAAAUAUUUGUUCUUCACUCAGCUGGAUUUUAACCCAUGCUUCUGUGAUAUUAUGGCAACUCCACCUUAACUGUGUAGCUAUUAUCAUUGUUAAGUUUUUUGGUAUUAGUGUUUAGGGAUAAAACCCAAAAUUCCCUGCAUUCAAAAGAGCCACUCCCAAGAUGUGACUUAAUUUAUAAUUUUAUUUACGUUGCACAUGUAAUACACUUCAGUAAAGUUAAAAGGAUGAUUUAAUAUAUAAGAGAUUUUAGAUCUUAAUCAAAUUGUGCUGAUCUCAUGUUCAUUUUUUUAAAGUUGGUUUACUCAUAGGAUUUUGGGGGAUACUCCUGGUAAUUGCCUUAGUCUCUGAAAAUAUUAACAAACAAAUAUACUUUGCUUGAGGGACUUAUAAUAGUCAUCAGUGGUAUCUUUUAAAUGAAAUUACAAAUACCCAUUUGCUGUGAUAAAAAGGUAAAAACAUCAAGGGGCAAUACAAAUCAAAAGUCCCUUUCAUGGAAUUUUAAUCAUUUUGAGAUUUUUCUACAAAGUAGAAAGAGUGUACAUAUAUUUUCUUAUGAAUCCAUCCAUUUGUAUUAAUGAUAUCACAUUGUAUUAUGUUACUUAUUUGUCUUCAUAGCUUUAGUAGCCAAACAGGAUAUAUAUGACGUUUAUAUGUCAAUCUAUUGGAGCCUUGUUAUAUACAUCUGUGAUAAAUGCUUCAUGACAUUGCAAGUUAUAAUAAAUACAUUUUUGAAAAUCUU